ACUGGCACUCAGUGUGGCAGGAGCUUUGCUCGAGAGGGACAUCUCAAACUACAUCAUCUCAUUCACACAGGAGAGAGGCCGUACAACUGCACUCAGUGUGGCAAGAGCUUCACUAGAGGGAAUCUCAAAAAACACCAGCGCAUUCACACAGGAGAGAAGCCGUACAACUGCACUCAGUGUGGCAAGAGCUUCACUCUAGAGGGGACUCUCAAAAAACACCAGCGCUUUCACACAGGAGAGAUGCCGUACAACUGCACUCAGUGUGGCAAGGGCUUUAAUCGAGAGGGACAUCUCCAAAAACACCAGCGCAUUCACACAGGAGAGAGGCCGUACAACUGCACUCAGUGUGGCAAGAGCUUUAAUCGAGAGGAUAGUCUGAAACGACACAUGCGUCAACACACGGGGGAGAGACCGUAUCACUGCUCUCAGUGUGGCAAGAGUUUCACUCAGCUGCGCAGCCUGAGGACUCACCAGAUCAUUCACACAGGAGAACGGAGGCACCAGUGUAUUCAGUGUGGCAAGAGUUUCACUCAAGAGGGGACUCUCAAAAAACACCAGUGCUUUCACACAGGAGAGAAGCCGUACCAAUGCACUCAGUGUGGCAAGAGCUUUAAUCGAGAGGGGAAUCUCAAAAAACACAAGCGCAUUCACGAGUUUACAUUCACAAGUUCAUAUUCACACACAUUAACAUGAGUUAAUCACACACAGGCAACUGUUAAGAUGGUUCCCUAUGCUAGAGAUAGCUAGCGGUAGGAUAAUUAAUAGCCAGGUUAACUAUGUUUAAGACACACACACACACACGCACACACAUACUUACUUUCUCCACUGUUUGUUUAA